AUGCCUCCACUGCCUGGCUUUUCUGACAAUCCUCUGCAAACGCGCGAGGAUGUCGUUCGAGCGACCGAGGCAUUUCUCAAGCCGCUCCUGAAAUUCUUCUCGCCGGCCAGUGCUAGAGUGCGACUCCCUGUCGGAUCUGGUGCACACUUCGAUGAGACAGCAGCUCAGCUUGAAGGCUUCGCCAGGCCACUAUGGGCAAUCGGCGCGUUUCUAAUGGCAGGCGAGCCAGAUUGGAACCUCGUACAACCAUGGAUCGACGGUCUGGAGACUGGUUCCGAUCCAGAUCACCCAGAGUAUUGGGGCGCUAUCAAGGACCAUGACCAGCGCAUGGUGGAAGCCGAGAUGGUCUCUUUUAGCCUACUCGCCGCACCGCGGACGCUACUCUGGGACAAACUUAGUGUCAGAGCCCAGCAAAACCUGGUCGAAUGGCUACAGAAUAUGAAUGACCGACAGACCCAUAAGGCCAACUGGCUCUGGUUCCGUGUCCUUGCAAAUCUGGCCCUUAUCCGCGUGGCUGGGGUAGAAACAACAAAGAUCCACUCCCAAAUGGAAAUUGACCUCGCUCAGCUCCACACAUUCUACCUUGGUGAUGGAUGGUCAGCAGACGGACUUUGGAGGAGUACUGAUCUUGAUGAAGAAGAAUGGAGGAUUUUCAGCACUACGGGUCGUGCGAAUAGCAUCCCGAGCGGGCGAAAUGCUGACUUCUACUCGGGUAGCUUUGCUAUCCAAUUCAGCCAGCUCCUGUACGUUCGUUUCGCUGGAGACAUGAACCCUACCCUUGCUGAGCGGUACCGCCAACAAGCGCGGGAAUUUGGUGCCGGGUUCUGGAGAUUCUUCGAUGCUGAAGGUAGGCUUACUAGCUUCGUCGACGGGGACUUCUAA